AUGGUGCAACCAUUCGAAUGGAACGCCUGGUUACUGAUACUGGGCGGGACAUUAAUAACAGCAGUAUUCCUUGGAUUGCUGGCUGCCGUGAAUGCGGAUGAAAGGCCUUCUUUGGGAAAAUUGAAGCAAUACCUGUUGAAAUCAGUCCCUGAUACAAUCAGAGGCUUAGUCCUGCAGAACCCCGAAGAGGAGCUGUCUUCGAGCGACCAUUUCCGUGUCGGGAGCCUCGGGUUCCAGCUGGGUACCAUCGUGGUCACAGUGGCCUACAGCAGCAUGUUGACUGCACUGAUUGCGUUGCCGGAUUACGAACGGUCUAUUAAUGAUUUCCAAGACGUAGUUGCUUUGAAAGCCACUGUUUAUUUGCAUACCUUUGGUGGAGCCACGAACACUAGGGUUCAGGAAGAUCUGAAGGUGCUUUCGGGAUCAGGUGAAGGCGUUACUUCCGAGUUGAUUCCGACCAUUCCGUAUCAGAACAUAUUGGAUGGAUUCCAGCAGAGAAGGUCCUACGUGAACUCUUAUUUGGUUUUGUUCAAAUUCAUCAACAUUGAUGUGCCGGCAAACGUGUCUGAGGAAUUCCACUACUCCAAGGAAAAGCUGUAUCAGAGGUUUUAUUCUUUUGGUUUGAAGAAGAAAUCGCGCUACUGGAGGUUCUUGGAGCACUAUUCAUUCAUCAAUGCGGCCUACGGAUUCCCGAUAUUGCACGAGAGACAAUUCAUUCGCAACACCAAUGACAAGCUGCCCAAAGAAAACGUCACUAUUCCCAGGAUGCACCAGUAUCAGAUAGAGAACUACGUGGCGUCGUACAUAAUUCUUGCUGUCGGGCUCGUUUUGUCAGUCAUCGCAUUUCUCACCGAGAUAUUGUUGGAAUGCUGCAAGAAGCGGAAAGCCAUUGGAAUGCACAGGAAAUAG